GUUUUCUGUUAUGUCAUUACUAGAGUCAAGUACUAGAAUCUAGAUCUAGAUGUAAUCUAGAUCUAUUCUAAUCUAUAAUCUAUGGCUAAUGUCAAACAUUUUAUUUCUUUGCUGUUACUGAAAUUUCUGCUAACAUUUAAAUAAAAGGCUUGAGAAAAUAUUUUUUAUAGCUUUCUUUCAAAGUAGUUUCAACAAAUAUUCUUUGGAUGAAACUUUAAAAAAUAUCAUCUAGCCUUAUUUAAUAAUUAUUUUCUUUACUGUUACAUCCAAUUGCUUUCAACAUCUUGUUGUUAAAGGGAACACUAUCAGUAGUCUUAUCAAUAUUUUUUUUUAAUUUAAUAGUUAUGCACCAACAAUAUAUACAACAGUAUGAUGCAUACUGAUAACAUAUAGGUAUUGACCUUUUUAAAAAAAAUAAAAUCAAGGAUUAUGUUCAAUAAUAACUUAGGAAUAUGAAUACUGGAAAUCAGAGAAGGUCACGUGUACAAGGAGGAUGGGCUGCAACUUCCAAUGGUGCUUCUAGUAGAUUGAAAAGUAGUGCAACAGCUGUAUCUUCUUCAGACAUUGCUUGCAGCAAAAAAGGAGAUAAACUUCCAAUGAACAAUGCUAUAUCACAGAAAGAAAAGAUGAAGGCACCAAUCUGGCUUGGUAAAAAUAUAGAUCAAGUAGUUCCAAAGUCAAAAUAUGUCUUUGAGGAUCCUGAAGAGGAAAUAAAAGUCAAGGCUGAAGAUCAAGUUAUUUUAAAGCCUGGUGUAUAUGAUAUCAGCACUGAGCCAUCUGGAUUAUCAAGAUUGAGAUACUUUCCACAAUUCAUAGAAUUUUCUAGAAGUGAGGCCAUCUUUGCAGAACUGUAUGAUUCAAUAGAGUGGCAUCAAAGAUCUGACAUACAUAAUGGCGUACAUGCCAUUCAGCCCCGCCUGACUCAGUGGUAUAGUGACUUGCCAUACACAUAUUCUGGGAUCACUGUUGAAGCUAACACAUCAGAAUGGCCAAAAGCACUUAAGGAAUUAAAAGAACAGCUCAUAGAAGUAACAGGAAUUGAGUUCAACUCUCUAGCUGCUAAUCUGUACAGAGAUGGUCAUGACAGCAUUGGAUGGCAUACAGAUGAUGAGCCUAUUAUGGGAAAAAGACCUGUCAUUGCCUCAUUGUCUUUUGGAGAGGAGAGAGUGUUUGAAUUAAGAAAGAAGCCCCCUUUGAAUGAAUCUGGUGAGAGAGAUUACACAUACAGUCAAGUGAUAAGAAUUCCCCUUAGGAGUGGUGCCUUGCUCAUUAUGGAGGGAUGUACACAGCUAGACUGGCAGCAUCGAGUGCCUAAAGAAUAUCAUGAUCGAGGACCUAGAAUCAACAUCACAUUCCGGGUAGCGAGGCCUGUUGAAGAAUCUUAGAGAAUAUCCUGCUAUACAGAGCUGUUUUUGUUUUUAAAGGUGUAACCACAAUACAGUAUUAUGUUUAGUAGAGUAACCAUGUCAAUCCUUUGAUUCUAGCCCAGCCUAAAUUCACCUUUUUUUAUUUUUAGACACUUAGAAAGUGCAAUAAUUGUCUGUAAUGUAAAACAAUUUUUUUUUAUGGGUAUUGGCAUACAUCCCUGAAACUAGGGAGACACAUAUAAUAAUUAUUUCUCCUCUUAAAUAGUUUCAUAUGCAAUUGUCUGUGCUCUAAAAUAAUUUUGGUCAGAAUUGAAAUUGUUGUAUGUUUUGCAAAAUAAAAAUAAUAAAAUUAUUCCACUCAAAAUUAAAUAUAAUGUGAAUUUUGACAUCUGCAUAGAAAAUAUUUCUAAAAAUAUUAAUUAACUUCAUUAAAUUUAUAGCAGCUACAAGUUACUGUAUUUGCUCUAGUAUGGUUGCACCUAUAUAUACAUAGUUUAUUUAAUUAAUCCAAUGAAAUUUUUGUCUAACAUUAAAGAUUUUGUGAUAAGUAUAAAAA